AUGCGACAAGGUAACGUGCCCCCUCCACCGGGCCAGUUCCUCAACCUACUCGCCAGGGGCAAGUUCACCGUCGACCUCGGGGCCAACCGCGGCUGCAAGAGCCUUUCUUACGGCGGCAAGACCGCGACGCAGUGGCCAGACUGCAGCGAACACCCAGAAGACUGGCAUGCGCCUGUGCCGGGCAAGUGUCUCGUCGGUAACCCGGACGGUAAAGGAGGUGCGAUGCACACGCAAAACUAUACCACCACGGCAGGCACAGCAUUCGCCAUCAGCUAUCAGUCAGAUAUCAGAAAGGUGACAAUGGAGAACCUCGUCGUCUUUUCGGUUGUCGAGCACACGCCUUGGAAACGCGUAGCUUCGUACCAAGUUCCGGACUUGCCUGCCUGCCCGGUGGGAGGCUGCUACUGCGCUUGGCUCUGGAUUCCAGAUGGAUGUAAGAUCGCCCUCGCUUAUGAGCCCCCCUUGGCGCAUUUGACUGACUCGUUCAUCGCAGGUGGCCAGCCCAACAUGUACAUGCAAAACUUCAAAUGCAAUGUUACCAACGCCGUGUCCACGAAGCGACUGGGUAUCGCUAAGUCGCCCGUUGCUUGCCGAGAUGAUUCGAAAAAGUGUGUCGCUGGACCGAAACAACUGAUUGCUUGGAAUCAAGCCGAAGGAAACAACGUGCAGGAUGUCGGUUAUAGCCCCGGGUACAACGCCAGGAUGGGUUUCAAGCCAGGUGCCCAGAAUGACAUUUUUUUCUAG